AUGGAGCUUCCUCAGAAGGUGAUCUGGAAGUAUAUUGGUGAAAAGCCCUCAAUGCUUGGAAACAACACUUUGCUAGGUAAAUUGCUUCCUCAGAAUGAUCUCCUUGGUCACCCGAAGACACGUGCUUUUGUGGUUCAUGGUGGCACUGAUGGGAUUUAUGAAGCUAUUUAGCAUGGCAUUACUGUUUUGGGCUUUCCUCUUUUCUUUGAUCAGUACGACAACAUUAUCCAUGUGAAGAUUCAAGGUUGAAAAACAAUGGUCUAGAAGGCCACUGUUACAAGUGAUGAGUUUCUUGAAGCCAUAAAAGAUUUCCUUGAGAAUCGUAAUUACUAAAAAAACAAAACUAACAUUUUUACGCUUGCGUCAGUAGAUAGACCAAUGAUUUUAUUGAAAAGUGCCACUUUCUGGAUAAAAUAUGUUAUAAGAAACGAAGGAGCACAUCAUUUACAGACUGACACAUACGGUAUGCCCUGGUAUGCCUAUUAUGGUCUGGAUGUGGCAUCUUUUCUCUUGGCCAUCUUAGCAACUUUUUAUGGCGUGACCCACAGCCAAAGAGACUCUAUCAACACAACAUCCGAAACCUCGGUGGAAAAGAAGACCAACAAAAGAAAGAUGCCAAAUAUUAAAUAA